AGUGGGAGUGUAAAGAUGGUCGCCGCUGUCACCAAGUCGAAUCCGAAUCGAUUGAGAAGUUUGGGUUUUUUAUGUCCAAUGUUCCGUUUGAAAAACCUUCGUCAAUUAACAUGUUUAUUUGUUGCCGUCUGGCUCUUGUUGAGCCCGUCGUUGGCACAAGAACAAGACUUUAUGGAGGACUUUCUGAAGCGGGAGUAUUCCCUGGUGAAGCCGUACCGAGGUUUGGGUUUCUCUAGCUCUUCUCAGUGGGAUCUGAUGGGCACUGCCAUGGUAACACCUGACUACGUGAGACUAACUCCAGAUCUGCAGAGCAGGCAAGGAGCAGUGUGGAGUCGAGUUCCGUGUUACCUGAGGGACUGGGAGCUGAAGGUGCACUUCAAAAUCUCCGGCCAGGGAAAAAAGAACUUCAAUGGAGAUGGUCUGGCUCUGUGGCUGACCAAAGAGCGCAUGCAGAACGGUCCCGUUUUUGGCAACAUGAACCAGUUCACAGGUUUAGGGAUUUUUGUGGACACUUACCCUAACAUUGACAAAAGCCAUGAUAAGAGGCAGCUUGAAACACAGAGGGCUUUUCCAUAUAUAUCAGUAAUGCUGGGGAACGGGACUCUGACAUACGACCACGAUCGUGACGGACGCACCACCGAGCUGGGAGGAUGCACCGCCAUAGCACGCAACUCCAUCUACGACACGUUCCUGCUCAUAAGAUACGUCAAAAACAGACUGACGGUCAUGACGGACGUAGAGGGAAAACAGGAAUGGAAGGACUGUGCCGACAUCACAGGGCUGCGUCUGCCUUUGGGUUACUUCUUUGGUGCCUCAUCUGCCACUGGAGACCUAUCAGACAACCACGACAUCAUCUCGAUGAAGCUGUACCAGCUGUCGGUGGAGAGGACCACUGAAGAAGAGGAACAAGAGGAGGUCCUCCUACCAAGAGUCGACAACAUGGAUCAGUUCCAAGUGGAAGUGGAAGACGAGGGCACGAGCGGCGUCCACCUCUUCUUCACCUUCCUCUUCUCUGUCCUCGGCCUGGGCGUGCUGGCAGUGGUGGGCCUGAUUGUUUACGGACGCUGGAAGGAAAACAGACGCAAGCGUUUCUACUGAUGCGGCCUGAUUCUCGCAGAUUCUCCCAGAAUGUACCUUCCCCCGACUGACACAAACCACGACAAUGCAAGGACUGCAAUAGCUUUAUUAAAACCGUACACUGUUUGGUCAAGAGCCAAGAGAACAUAAACAAGACGAACAGAUAGAGAUCGGAAACACGUGAGCUGUCUGCGACAUCUUAUCUAGUGUUAAGAGAGCGUGACGAACGGCCGCGCUUGUUGAAUUUUGUGCGUUAAAAUGUCAUCUCAGCGGGUCUGCGGCGUCACACUUUAAAGUUUGCCCAUAGGUGACAAACGCAGAAGCAAAAUCCCAGAUGCUGUGUGUAGUUUACUGACGUCCUGCUGCAGGAUUUCGUAGUGCUAACAUUUAAAGUUACUGCCACGCGGUGAAGACCAACUAAUGACCGGAGGAUCACCGCAGACCUCCGAUUGCACUGAACAGGUCAAAUUAAAUGCUGCACCUUUGUGAGAAACAUCAGGCAAAGCGCUUCAAUCAGAGCAUGAAGUCGAUUCAUGUUUAGAGUUAAGACGGUGAUGUGUGAAGUGCCUCGCUGUAGGACCAACUCAAAAGCAUGUCCAUUGGCUCCAGUCUGUAGCAGAUGGAGCUUUAUUGAAACUCUUUAUGUCACAGGUUUUGUUUGAUCAAUUUUCUGUCCCAACAUGCAAGAGAAUCCAGCAGAAACAUUUCAUCCACUAGUUGAACCUCAUGUCCUGUUCCUAUCGCCGUAGCCUUUUCUUCUAGUACGCACUGUGAAUUUAAUGACAGGAUCCUUAGUCUAAUGUGAGUGUAGGUGAACUGAAGUACGCGGCCACAGACGCUGUUUACCGUCGAGCCGUUCAUCCUGUAAUGAAACCUGGUAAAUCAGCGUCGGGGUCUUUCGUGCCAGCUCAUGCUUUUACCCCUGACGUCCACUGGAUGUCACUCUCGUGUUCCAGCUCCAUCACGCCUGCCGGAGCGCUCAACACAAUGUUUACACACUGACUCCUCCUGCUCUAAAGCGUGGAAUUCACUCACAACCUCAUUAAAAACAGGGGAAUUCAGUGGCUGUUGACAUGAACUCAUUUGUUGCUAACAUUAUUUUUGCUUAUGUUGAAAAUCAAAGUAUGUAAUAUAGAUGUUUAGGAAAGGAUCAGCAGCCACAGAUGACCCUCCACUUCUGCUUGUGGAGGUGAAACACAGAUACAUACAGUGGAAAACAGGGUUAUGGGUCUGAAGUCUAGACCUGUGGGUACUAAAGGUUAAUACCACACAACAUGGCAGGUAUUUAAUAUUCUGCAUGAGUCCAGUUUUAUUUAAUUAACCUUUUAGAGCAGGGCCGUCAAACUCAAUUGA